GGCAUUGGGCGCCAUUUUGAAAAGGGAAAAAAAAAUCCCUCCUCGGCGGCGGCGGCGGCGGCGGCGGGAGCGGCCUGGCUGAGGUGCUGAGGCGGCCGCUGCGCGGGGCCGCCUGCUUCGUCCGCCGCCGCCUCGGCGCCCGCCGGCCGCCCGGCCAUGGCAGGAGCCGGCGGCGGCGGCUGCCCCGCGGGCGGCAACGACUUGCAGUGGUGCUUCUCGCAGGUCAAGGGCGCCGUCGACGAGGACGUGGCGGAAGCUGACAUCAUCUCAACUGUUGAAUUUAAUUACUCUGGAGAUCUUCUUGCAACAGGAGACAAGGGUGGCAGAGUUGUUAUUUUUCAGCGGGAACAAGAGAACAAAAGCCGCCCUCACUCUAGGGGAGAAUAUAAUGUUUACAGCACCUUUCAAAGUCACGAACCCGAGUUUGACUACUUGAAAAGUCUAGAAAUUGAGGAAAAAAUUAAUAAAAUUAGGUGGUUACCACAACAGAAUGCUGCUCAUUUUCUACUUUCUACAAAUGAUAAAACUAUUAAAUUAUGGAAAAUAAGUGAGCGGGAUAAAAGAGCAGAAGGUUAUAACUUGAAAGACGAAGACGGACGGCUGCGGGACCCGUUCAGAAUCACAGCGCUGCGGGUCCCAAUAUUGAAGCCCAUGGACCUCAUGGUAGAAGCAAGUCCACGACGAAUUUUUGCAAAUGCUCAUACAUACCACAUAAACUCUAUUUCCGUAAACAGUGAUCAUGAAACGUAUCUUUCUGCAGAUGACCUGAGGAUUAAUCUGUGGCAUCUGGAGAUCACAGACAGAAGCUUCAACAUCGUGGACAUCAAGCCGGCCAACAUGGAGGAGCUGACGGAGGUGAUCACGGCGGCGGAGCUGCACCCGCUGCAGUGCAACGUGUUCGUGUACAGCAGCAGCAAGGGCACCGUGCGCCUGUGCGACAUGCGCGCCUCCGCCCUGUGCGACCGGCACGCCAAGUUUUUCGAGGAGCCUGAGGAUCCGAGCAGUCGGUCCUUCUUCUCGGAGAUCAUCUCCUCCAUCUCCGACGUGAAGUUCAGUCACAGCGGCCGGUACAUGAUGACCCGGGACUACCUGUCGGUGAAGGUCUGGGACCUCAACAUGGAGAGCCGGCCCGUGGAGACCCACCAGGUGCACGAGUACCUGCGGGGCAAGCUGUGCUCCCUGUACGAGAACGACUGCGUCUUCGACAAGUUCGAGUGCUGCUGGAACGGCCCCGACAGCGCGAUCAUGACGGGCUCCUACAACAACUUCUUCCGGAUGUUUGACAGAAACACGCGGAGGGACGUGACCCUGGAAGCCUCCCGAGAGAGCAGCAGGCCCCGCGCCAGCCUGAAGCCGCGGCGAGUGUGCCCCGGCGGGAGGAGGAAGAAGGACGAGAUCAGCGUGGACAGCCUGGACUUCAACAAGAAGAUCCUGCACACGGCCUGGCACCCCGCCGACAAUGUCAUUGCCGUGGCCGCCACCAACAACCUGUACAUAUUUCAGGACAAGGUCAACUAGGACGGGCGCGGGCGGCACCUCGGCCGGCGUGGCUGGGCCAGCGGCGUCUGCCCGGGGAGGGGCGUCCUUCCUGUCGGUGGGGCACAGGGUGCACGCUCUGUCCCCUGCCUAGACGGGAGCCACGCCGCCCAGGACCACGGGAGUCGCGGCACACGUGGAGCGCCCUUGGGGCAGGCUGGUGGACAGAGCUCACGGAGGCCACGACCCACGAUAAACGUAUUUAUUGACAUCUGAGCCGUCUUCCCGGUUUAUAGACCAGAAGGUGACACCCAGCAGGACACCCGUCCCACGUCUCCCGUCCCUCUGCUGGCUGGCGGGGCCCCCGGUGCGACUGUGCCGCCCACCCCCCCCACCCCCUCGGGGCCACCGGCCGAGCAGGCUCAGGCAGCUUGACCCCCACACACCUGCGUCUCCCAGUGCACCUUCCGGUGCGGCCACCUAAUAAAGGCAACGCACUAUCCAAAGUGUUUUUAUCC